GUGAGAACUUGCUUGGACUCGGCAAAACACGGGCGUUGUUACACGAGCUUUCUCAAAUGGCUUCAAAGAAAGCCGCAGAGUCAACUCUCUAUCAUUUGGCACCAAAAGGAUUUUGGAAGCGAUUUCGUGAUGCGGUCGUCAUAAACCCCGAAAUUUCCAGUGGUUUGCCAAAGCAAGGUGUCAACAGAUGGCCACCUCCUGGAUCUAGGCUGGAGGAGUACGCGACGCCAGCUACUAAAGCCUCGGACCCUGCUCAAAACCCGUACUGGAAACGUGAUGUUCGUCGCGCCUAUCCUCAACUUUCUGUAGUCACCCAAGCAGGGCUUUCUUCCCUUUUGAUUGAGCACUCUGGGAACCAAGCUAUUGCUGCACCUGCUGCUAAAGGCGAAGCCAAGGACGUAGGAGCAAUUUCAGCACCUCGGGAGCGCAUGGAUCUAUCUGCAGCCAUCGCUACGAUCACUUCCUCGACAAAAGUAUAUACCGAGUCCAAGUUACCUCCAAAGUUACCCACUCCGUACAAACGUUGGGUUUCAGAAAGGGCACCGGAUGCUCCCCACGACCCCCAUGCAUACUUCCCUAUGUUGCUCUACAAAUAGAUGCGACGAACAUAAAUCAAUACAUGUAAUAGAUCCCUAAAGGCGUAAUUCGAGCAUGAUACCGGAUUCUUCAAAUGCUCU